UGAACAAUGUUCUAGAUAUGUGUACAUAAUUACACUGAAAGUGGAUGUGAUAGAAAGGAAACGUUUCUGUGGAGCAUAAUGGCACUUAUAUUUGCUGUAAUUGUUAUUCUUGUUACUACGGUUAUGUCUUUACCUCCGGUCAUCAGAAUUGGCGCAAUAUUUACGGAGGAUCAGAAAGACAGCCCCUCAGAGUUGGCAUUCAAGUACGCGGUAUACAGGAUCAACAAGGAUAAAAGUAUUCUACCAAACACAACACUUGUAUACGAUAUUCAAUACGUGCCAAAAGACGACUCUUUCAGAACAUCCAAAAAAGCUUGCAAGCAAUUAUCGAGAUCCGUUCAGGGAAUAUUUGGACCAUCGGAUCCUUUAUUAGGAGCGCAUAUUCAAAGCAUUUGUGAAGCCUUAGAUGUACCACAUCUCGAAGCCAGGAUGGACUUUGAACCUGCAUUCAAAGAGUUCAGUAUUAAUCUUUACCCAGCGCAAGAACAUCUGAAUAAAGCAUUCAAGGAUUUGAUGUCUUUCCUAAAUUGGACCAAGGUUGCUAUUAUCUACGAAGAAAAUUAUGGAUUAUUCAAACUUCAAGAUCUCGUGAAAUCACCGCCGUCAUCUAGAACAGAGAUGUACAUCCGGCAGGCGGGUGCUGGAACAUAUCGACAAGUACUUAGAGAAAUUCGACAAAAAGAAAUUUAUAAAUUGAUAGUAGAUACCGACCCUGCUCAUAUGCAGUAUUUUUUUCGAGCCAUUCUCCAAUUGCAAAUGAACGACCAUCGAUAUCAUUACAUGUUCACAACAUUUGAUAUCGAAACAUUUGAUCUAGAAGACUUCAAGUAUAACAAUGUCAAUAUGACAGCAUUCCGAUUGGUUGAUUUGGAAGAGCAGAAGGUAGCAGAAGUUCUCAAGCAAAUGGAACGUUUCCAACCCAUUGGUCAUGCGAUUCUCAAUCGUACCGGAGUAAUCCAGGCUGAACCUGCUCUUGUCUAUGACAGCGUUCAAGUUUUUGCUCAUGGCCUUGCUUCUCUAGACCGAAGUCACGUACUACGGCCGGUAAAUUUGUCCUGUGAAAAGGAAGAGCCCUGGGAUGAUGGCCUAUCACUCUACAAUUACAUCAAUACUGCUGGACUUAAUGGCUUGACUGGUCGUAUCGAGUUCAAUGAAGGGAAAAGGAACAAUUUUAAAUUGGAUCUUCUAAAGCUAAAAAAAGAAGAGUUGGUAAAAGUUGGGGAAUGGCGGCCAGGUUUAGGCAUAAACGUUACUGACUUAGAAGCAUUUUACGAUAAAACUUAUGCGAAUAUUACACUCGUCGUAAUGACACGUGAGGAAAAGCCAUAUGUUAUGGUAAGAGAAGAUAAAAACCUAACAGGAAACGCACGAUUCGAGGGCUUUUGCAUAGAUUUACUCAAGUGGAUAGCUGGUCAAGUGGGAUUUCAAUAUGUUAUUAAACUAGUACCUGAUCACAUGUAUGGUGUUUAUGACCCAGAAACGAAAGAAUGGAAUGGAAUUGUACGCGAGCUGAUGGAAAAGAGAGCUGAUCUUGCCGUCGCUUCUAUGACUAUUAACUACGCUAGAGAGAGCGUCAUUGACUUCACAAAGCCGUUCAUGAAUUUAGGAAUCGGAAUACUUUUUAAGGUACCAUCCAGCCAGCCCACUCGACUGUUUUCCUUCAUGAAUCCACUGGCCGUUGAAAUAUGGCUCUACGUUCUGGCAGCGUACAUGCUCGUCAGCUUUACUCUCUUCGUUAUGGCCCGCUUCAGCCCUUAUGAAUGGAAUAAUCCCCAUCCCUGUUUAGCCGAGAGUGAUGUCAUCGAGAACCAGUUCAAUGUCAGCAACAGUUUCUGGUUCAUCACCGGGACAUUUUUACGACAGGGCAGCGGUCUUAAUCCCAAGGCCACCAAACGCGCGCCUUCUCGACUCUUCUCAUUUAUGAACCCUCUCGCAGUGGAGGUUUGGUUAUCGAUGCUGGGCGCAUAUGUGGUCGUUUCCAUAUCAAUUUGGAUUGUGGCGCGUCUCUCACCUUAUGAAUGGGUAGAACCGCCACCGUGUCCGAGCUGCAAGUGCCCUUUGCAGGGCAGUCACGUCAGCGCCCUGGAACCAGAUAGUGAUGACAUCCCUUUGCCGAGAACAGUCAACGACUUCAAUCUCUCCAACAGCUUUUGGUUUACAGUUGGCUCUCUAAUGCAACAAGGAAGUGAUCUCAAUCCCAAGGCAACUAGUACAAGAAUAGUUGGAGGAAUCUGGUGGUUUUUCACACUUAUUAUCAUAUCUUCAUACACGGCAAAUCUAGCAGCAUUUUUAACCGUCGAGAGGAUGAUAACUCCUAUUGAAAAUGCAGCUGACCUAGCUGAACAAACCGAAAUAUCAUAUGGAACUCUUGAAGGUGGAAGUACAAUGACAUUUUUUCGGGAUUCAAAAAUUGGAAUCUAUCAAAAAAUGUGGCGAUUUAUGGAAGCUAAGAGAUCUUCAUUAUUCGUUUCUUCAUAUGAAGAAGGAAUAAAACGAGUCUUAGAAGGAAACUACGCAUUUUUAAUGGAAUCAACAAUGCUCGAUUAUGCUGUACAACGCGACUGUAACCUUACGCAAAUCGGCGGAUUAUUGGACAGCAAAGGAUAUGGAAUAGCAACUCCAAAAGGCUCACCAUGGCGGGACAAAAUAUCUCUUGCAAUCCUCGAGCUACAGGAGAAAGGCGUGAUACAAAUUCUUUACGACAAGUGGUGGAAAAACACAGGAGAUGUAUGUAACAGGGAUGAAAAGAGCAAAGAAAAUAAAGCAAAUGCACUUGGAGUCGAGAACAUUGGCGGAGUAUUUGUUGUUCUUCUCUGUGGUCUUGCGCUCGCUAUCCUCGUCGCCAUUCUCGAGUUUUGUUGGAACUCCAAGAAAAAUACUCAGUCCGAUCGGUCUCUGUGUGCUGAAAUGGCGUCGGAAUUGCGGUUUGCAAUGCGAUGUGGUUCACAACAACGUCCGGUUACUAAGAAUCGAGACCAUGGCAGUUUGGACCCUACUUCUUGUCCACGAUGCAGUCCGCAGCCGUCAUUUAUACGAAGCCGCCGAUGUUUCAGUCAUCAAGAAACUACUUAUAUACCUACUAUUGAAAUACCUCGAUUAAACGCAGGAAGCUGGUGCGCUGCCGAUGAUGGAGAUGAAGAAAUCAUUGAGCUUCGAUCAAGUGGAGACGUGCCGUGGCGAGAACACCUAGCAGAGGCUGAAUAUUCAGCAUCUUCGACAGCAAAUGCACCAAACACCACCACCACCAUCAGUGUGCAAAGCCACCCCUGCACACAUACGUCCUUGCCACUCUCAUACUCACAGUCACAGCCAUUCGCACAAACAUCAUCAAACGUUGAAACAGAAACGGACAUGUCCGAGUAUCAGCAUGGGUCAAGGAGAUGACCAUCCUGAAAGCAUACUUUGGAGAUUUGACUGUGAUUUAGCGGGUGAGCCAGAUGUCGUAAUUUCACCACCAC